CUCUGUGCACUGAUUGUCAGCAGCUCCUUCCAGCUCAUCACUGCAGAGGCUGGCACAUUUCAUGCUGCUGCUGCUGCCAGGGCACAGACAUGAGGGAGAUCUGAUGCUGCUGCCAGGGUCCAGGCAUGAGGAGGGGGAUCCGCUGGGUGAGCCUCUCACAGUCACUGGGAACAUCAGCCUCAUCAUGGAGAACAUAAUUACCAGCAGAGGCUUCUGAGAGGGGAGGAGAACCAGGCACGGAGAAGGGAAGGGGGGGCUGCAAGAGACCUGCCACUUCUGCACCCCUCCAGAGCGCAGAUCACCAUGCCUCUACCCCCGUCCUGGGCUUUUGUAAACUUUACCCUGGAAGCUGCACAAUGGGGUACCUUGUCCUCUGGAUGGUAGAGCUACGGGGGGCUGGGCAAGGGGCUUGUCAUGCUUUCCCUGUGAAUAACAAGGACAUCUUCUUCCCCGCAGUCCUGCAAUAAAUAAGCAGCUUCAGAGACAUCACGGUCCCUGGGGCGGUGGUUUUUGGGGGGUGGCCCUGGUCAUGGGGUAUGCAGACCCCUCAUCCAGCAGGGACCUGCUGGGGAACAGAACUUUAUUUUUUAUAUUCAUCUGCGCCUUUGCCCUGGUGACCUUGCUGCAAGAGAUCCUGUACGGGGGGAACUACAUCAAGAGAGGACUGCAGUUUAGCUGGCAGAGCGGAGAGGAGUUGGGGAAUUGGACGGGGAUCUUUAAUUUCACGGAUGACGGAGCAGUGAAGACGGGCAGUGACGCAGGCGACAGGUAUUUCGAGUUUUAUGAAGGUCCUAUGGAUUUCAACUCCACAAAAUGCUUGGUGUUGAGGCAGGACAUCAUCAACGUGAAGGUUCUCUCCAUGGUAAAGGAAACAGAGUUGUUUGAUCGAUGGAGAAGUCUUCAGAUCUGCAAGUGGGAGAUGAAUGUGACAGAAGCCAAUACCUUUAAAUCUCAGCUGUCCAGAUGUUGCAAUGCCCCUUCUUUCCUUUUCACCACUCAGAAGAACACACCGCUUGGGACAAAGCUCAGAUAUGAAGUUGAUACAAGCGGUAUAUUUCAGAUCAGCCCUGAGAUCUUCAAGAUAUUCCCCAAGGAAAUGCCUUAUUAUCGAUCUCAGUUCAAGAAAUGCGCUGUGGUCGGGAAUGGAGGAAUACUGAAGAACAGCAAAUGCGGAAAAGAAAUCGACAAUGCAGACUUCGUCUUUAGAUGCAAUCUUCCUCCCAUAUCUAAUAAAUACAUGGCGGAUGUUGGUAUGAAGACAGACGUGGUGACAAUCAAUCCAAGUAUUAUAACAGAGAGAUUCCAGAAGUUGGAGAAAUGGCGGAAACCUUUCUACGACGUGUUACAGGGUUAUGAAAACGCUUCCAUCCUCCUCCCGGCCUUCUACAACACCCGAAACACCGACGUCUCCAUCCGGGUAAAGUACGUCCUCGACGAUUUCGCGUCCCAGCAAUCCGUGUAUUAUUUCCACCCUCAGUAUCUCAUCAACGUCUCCCGGUUUUGGCUUCUCCAAGGCGUGAGGGCCAAACGCAUCAGCAGCGGCUUGAUCCUAGUAACGGCCGCCCUGGAACUGUGCGAUGAGGUCCACCUCUACGGCUUUUGGGGCUUCCCCAUGAACCCGUCAGGGAUCUUCAUUACUCAUCAUUACUAUGACAAUGUCAAACCUCGACCAGGCUUCCACGCUAUGCCUUCGGAAAUCUUUAACUUUAUCCACUUGCAUAGUAAGGGUAUUCUCCGUGUCCAUACCGGUACCUGCUUCUAAGAAGCUUCGUCCAUGUAUACCACGUGCGUGUUGGAUGCUUCAACUGAAAUUAUGCAAUAAUGCUUCGAGCAGACUACAUAGGACGAUGCCUCCAAAGCAGCUGGCGGUUGCCAGAGCCACUUCGAGAAAUUAGAUAUUGUCAAAGGGGGAGCAGGGGUUAAGCCAAAAAUAUUUGAAAAAAUUGCAUUUUCAUCAACACUGGUUUGACAGCUACAAUUCCGCAAAGCACACUAGAAGAAUUAGCACACGCAGUGCAUCUACCAGCAUCGACCACUAACCCACCAUCCACUCCGGAGUCUGCAGGAGGACAGGAACAGUUGGCGUCCUCGUCGGGACCAUAGCAUUCCUGUUUUUUUACUGCUUUUUAGGUGUCAAUUGGUCACGGAAAGGUUAUGGUGGGGUGGAAGCCAGUGAAGCACAAGCAGGAGAUGUUCUAGGGUCAAGCUGGUCCAUUCUUGCCUUCACCAUGAAAGCUAUUGCUUAUCCAAGUAGGCGCUUAUUAGGCACUAAUUGGGCACAUUGGCGCACAGGUAGACAGGAACUACAAGCGGAAAGUAAAGAGUAAAUGAAAAUGCAAUGUAUCUUAAUGAAGCCAGACCCUGGUGUGGUACCAGAGGAUCUGUCACGUCCUCCAAAAACUCCACCGCCGUCCAAUUCUGAGCAGUCUGUGCUUUAAUUUUUGGCGCCAGACUGAGCAUGUGCUGUUAAGCGGAUGGUCCCUGUCGCUCAAGCAGGAGUUAAGCUGAGCGCUCUGACGCCAACCAGCACGGACAGUGUCACACCGGGCCUUGGAGCCUGUGGGCUGCUGUAAAAACAGAGCAUGAUCUUGGGAGAUACAGUCCAGGGUCAGUGGCCCACCAAAGUACCAGAGGAUCCUCCGGUGGGCCCAGUCUAUGAAGCCAUAAUGGGCCCCAAAGGUCCAAGAGAAAA